AGAUGUUUUCGAAUAUUCACUCAUCAGAAUGGAAGCGAUGUACUUCUUGUUUGGACUACUUUGUGUGGUGUCGGCUCUUCCAAAUGCGCUUGCUGACAAAUGUUACGACGAAGGUGUAGACUGUGCCAAAGAAAAGAGGAAUGAGAUAUUGGAUAUUAUCGCUACAGAUCAAUACGAUAUGGAAAAGAUUUGUCCAAUUGUAACUGAAGUAGAAAAGUGCUUUAAAGAUGAGACUCCUUCUUGCUCGGCUGAAAAGAGGAAAGAGGCUUUGAGCUAUACGACCAAGUUUUGCGAAACAGGCUGUAGAGACGAGUUGAAAAAGUGUAAUGAAAAAAUUAAGGAGGACAGCACGAAGCGAUACUGCUGCGAAUUAGGUGCCGUUAAGAAAUGUGGCGCUUUCAACGACUUGGCCAAGGAGCUUUUGUAUGAUAAACCUUGUGCAGGCUGCAGACUUGGCGUUGUUCCGUUUUUGACAUUGAUGGCAUUUGUAUUUCAAAGGCUUUUAUAA